UCGGAAGCUGAUAUUGGUGUCGAGUCCUCGAAAAGUCAGGCUGUGCACCUGCACCGCGGGGAGAGGAUGACAUAAGGGAAGCAUGCCCCUCAUCUGCAGCCGCUACCUGGAUAUCAAGCCUGUCGCCAACCUCUUCAGUGCGCUUUCUCCGAAUUCUCACAGUUGUUCAAGCGUACACCAUGGACUCCGAGCUUAUGUCCGAGAAAGGCGGCAACAGACGCAGCUCCAACUAUCGCAGCACCCAACCGCUCCGAGCACGGUGGAUUCCUGGAGCCUCCCGUGUUAGCAGUGUCGUAAAUUUGGGGAUGGCUCGCAGACCUCGAUGGGCCAUUCGAGCAGUCACCUUGCUCGCGGCAGCACCGCCCAUCUUGGUCUUGAAGAAGUACCACAACCCGACAACAGCGCAGCGACUCCUCAAUAGCAAUCUGCCCGCGAGGAAUCCGAGCAACGGGAUACUGCGGCUGCUCGAAAAGAUCAUCGGCCGGCUUUCCACGCCACAUAGCUCUGGUGACACAGCCGAACUCCCUCAUUACGUCCGCGACCCGGGACCCCUCCAGCUCCUCGCCGCCUGCAUCGUCUACAGCGCAGCCAUGCACGGAUUCUACCACCUCCACAGGGCCGAUAGAUACCAGUUUUGGGUGGUUCUUACUGGGGCCGCGAGCGCGUUCAUUGUGGGCUGGGCUUGCGGCGAGAGCGUUCAUGAGACGCUUAUGGAUAUCUUUCCGUGGUUCCUCAUGAUCUCCAUGGUGCUGAGCGCUGCUUUCCAUGGCGUGUUGCGAGCGGCGGGCUACAUCAGGCUGUCGAAAUAGUCGAGCCAUAAGCUCAUUGCCGCAGUAUUUCCUUCUGCUUUGCUUGAAGCCUGACCGUUACUUGCAAGUAAGACAAGGCAGAGCAACUUCUCUUGCCCCUGCCGCUUAAAUUCAAACCCGUAUGCAUC